AUGGUGCUACAAUAUCCGCGAAGUGCAUCUACUGCUGUGGGGCGACAUCGAGUACCCUUACGGUCCCUUAGACCACAUAGGCUGGCCAAACAAGUCUGGGGUAACAUACCAUCAUUUGAUGGAGCUCUUUGGCGCUUUGUCUGCUCACCUGUUGGCUUUCUAUUAUGGCCGGGCCGCCUCCUCCAUUCUAUCAGAGAUCUAGCAUCUUUGGAGAAGGUGGAGGUCCUGCAUUUGUAUAAUGUAGAGGAGAUAUUGAAGAGGAUUGCCAAUUGUAAUCCCAGCAGAUGGCGGGUUGGUGUACGGACAGCAGAGGAAAUGUUGACAGGGGUGAAGGAGGCGUUUGUUCAGGAGGAACAGUAUGCAAGUGAAGAUGAGGCAAGUGAAGAUGAGGCAAGUGAAGAUGAGGCAAGUGAAGAUGAGGCAAGUGAACAUGAGGCAAAUGAGGAAGAAGCGAGUGAAGAGGGGGUGAGUGUAGAAGGGGCAAGUGAAGAGGGGGCAAGUGAAAAAGAGAAGAAGUCAUUGAGCGUGUCUUUUCACCCUGCAGCGGCCUUCUACAAAACUUUCGGCUCAUACGGACACAGCCAGAAGGAGGCAUGGUAUAGGUCAAUAGUCUCAGAACCUUUGGCAAAGCUCGUUGCUCUCAGACAGAAGUUGGCGGAUAGGACGGGGGAGCCACUUGACUACUUCUCGGGCCUGAGCAAAAAGAAUGUCGAGACAAUCCUUGAUACCUACAAGGGCUAG